AUGCGUUUUAAGAAAACCGUCCAAAGAAAUCCAGGAAAAAACGCCCUAGAAAGCUGCAUCAACACGUUCUCUUCCACCACGACAAUGCACCCGCUCACGGCGCUCGGCAUACAAGAGUCCCAAGUGUUCUUCGCCGCGUAUAUAAGGGCUUGGCCAGUCUCCUCAACCAACAGAACUCUCGCUUUCAAUCCUGAAGGAGGAACAGACCCGCCCGCUCCUGUUUGUUGUGUUUUGUGUCCACCUUUGCUCCUGUGUUUGUUUUUAAGUGCUCGUGUUGACAAAAUGAUGGAUAAGGCUGUGAGAAUUGUGUUCGUUGCAAUGUUGGCCAUAAGCCUGACUCAAGCAAGGAACUACAACAAUGGGAACGGCAACGGUAAUGGAAAUGGCAAUGGAAACGGCAACGGAAACAAUGGCAAUGGAGGCUUUAAUGGUAACGGUGGAUCCCAUGGCAACGGCGGAUUCAAUGGCAACGGCGGGUUCAAUGGCAACGGCGGAUUCAAUGGCAACGGAGGCUUCAAUGGCAACGGAGGCUUCAAUGGCAACGGCGGAUUCAACGGCAACGGAGGCUUCAAUGGCAAUGGUUAUUCCCUGGCCGAUGCCAUUGGCGGUGGAGGCGUCCCAGGGCAGGACUACCCCAUCCUGGCCUUCGUCCCCAACACCGGCUUCUCCUGCAACGGCCAACUGCCUGGAUAUUACGCUGAUACUGCACAACAAGCCGGAUGCCAAGUGUUCCACAUCUGUCAGGCAGGAGGCAGAAUCAACUCCUUCCUUUGCCCCAAUGGAACAAUCUUCAACCAGCAGUACUUUGUGUGUGACUGGUGGUACAACUUUGACUGUUCCACGGCUGAACAGUUCUAUGGUCUAAACGCUCAAAUCGGAGUCAGCAAUGGUCACAAUGGAAAGAAUGGUUUUAAUGGUAAUGGAAAUGGUUUCAACGGUAAUGGCUUUAAUGGAAAUGGUAAUGGUUUUAACGGAAAUGGUAAUGGUUUUAAUGGAAAUGGUAAUGGUAACGGUUUCAACGGAAAUGGUAAUGGUAAUGGUUUUAAUGGAAACGGCAAUGGCUUCAAUGGCCUACGACCAUCCCUAGAGUGUGGUGGUAUUCGCUUGGGGGCAAUCUCGCAGCCCCACGCCCCUUGUAGCAGCUUGGGUGCAGGGACCCAGGGGGACUCCACCCUUGAGAAGAGGGCGGAGCUCAUAAGGAUCCUCCUCGAUAUAAAAAUCAGGGUAAUCCGACUCUAUGAUGCCCCAGAUGGAUGCAUGGCAAUAACAGACAGAAUAUUGCAUUAA